AUGUACAAGAACCAGCUGCAGGAGCUGGCGCAGCGGAGCUGCUUCAAUUUGCCGUCGUAUUCUUGCAUAAGGGAAGGCCCCGACCAUGCGCCGCGAUUCAAGGCCACCGUUAACUUCAACGGAGAGACAUUCGAGAGCCCCGGCUUCUGCACGACGCUGCGGCAGGCGGAACACGCCGCCGCGGAGGUUGCUCUCAAUGCUCUCUCCACUCGGGGUCCGUCCAACUCUCUUGCCGCUCGUAUUCUGGUAAGUACCCAAUCCUACAGCUUGCACAUCUGAUUCCUGUAUGCCGUGGCGGCGGUUUUCUUCGUCUCUCUUCUGUUUCUCUCUCUACUGGUCCCAUGAAUUUGGGGUAGUCCCAAACUUGGUGGGGAAGUAGAGUCUUAACAGAGUAAAAUGCCAAAGACCUCCUACCAACCAGCUAGAGAUCCAAGAGCAAUGGCAUAUACACCCGUUUCUCUUUGACAUCUGAAUAAGUGAUAUAUUUUUUCCCCCGCAAUGCCAAUCGAUGACGAGGGAAUGCGAACUCGCUCGACGGUAGAGUGACUACCUUCUUUUACGUACUCUCUCUUACAUCUGAUUCUCUACUUCCCCACCGGAAAGAUGGACGGCCUCAUUCCUUACGGUCAUUUUGUUCUUCUAUCUCGGAUUGAAUUUGAUCAUACUGUUCUCUGGCGUCUCUUCGAGGGGGGAUCGCCCGGAGUGGGAUCCUCCAAGUCCGCCACCUUCUCGGCCGUCUCCUUCACCCACCGGCCUUUGAAUUCCGGCCAGAGAAAGGUGUUAAAACAGCCGUCAAAUGAUCCAAAAACACCGACUUCGUCAUCGUCCCUUGCUUCCGACCAAUCUCCCUACUUUUCGUCUCGAGUGCGCAGCUUUGAAACUCAUUUCCUGUUGUCUGCCGCAGUAAUCUAUCAUUUCUCCCUACCUCGACAGCUUCUCGGCGCUUUCCAGGGAGCAAUUUCUAUUGCGGGAUAACCUGUUCUCAUCCGUCUGCCAUGUGGUGCUAGUAUAAUAGAUCGUAGGGUUCAGCAGGGGAAACUGUAGGUGUCGCCUCCCCACCACCCUACCCUGUUCGCCCUUUUUUCUCCCAGUUAUGACCAAUCAAUGCUUAUAAUUGUGAUAAUAGCGUCGAAGUCGAUAUCAUAAGAUAAUUGUGAUUUCGUUUUCUAAUCUGACAUCGACACGACAGAAGAUUUGACCGCGGGAGAGGGAGGCUGAUAUGAGGCUCCUCCCCUCUUCGUGUACACAUCACUCGCGGAGAGGUGUGCGCAGUCUCCCUCGAAGACGAGGGCGUGGCCGUUUAUUUACUCGUUUCUCCCUGAUUUCUUUGAGAAAUUUAUUUUCCUAGUCGGUGAAUUUCUGGUUGGAAAAUCACGGGCGCCGCUGGUUCCUCUGGGUCGGGCCCCUCGGGGAGGGGGAGACUCUUUAAUUUCUCCUGACAUCGCAACCAAUUAUGCAAUUAAUACCCGCCACUGCUCCCACUGUCUUCUGUCUCCUCCCCUCCCUUGCCUCAGCUCCCAUCUCUAUCCGUUCCUUCCUCCCCCCCCCCCCCUUCCCGAAUUGUUUACCAGAGUGCCAGUGCUUCUUUUGUCUCCUUCGGGGCGACUUGUAAGAGAUGCUCAGUAGAAAACUGCCCGUUUUUUUUCGAAACUCGUUCUCCGCCCCCACCCUCCCUCCCGCCGGUCGUUCUCGCCCCUGUUUUUUCUCCUCUGGUGCCCCCCUUCCCACGUCAGUCGUGUUGGCGAGGCGAGGAGGGGGGUGGCUGCCGUCGCCGCCGUGUUCGUCGUCUCCGUCUUCUUUCUUCUCAUUUCCGUGUUUUUAAUCUCGGCCGUCCAUCUUGAGUGAACGCGACGUCGGCCAUCUUCUUCCAUUAAUAUACAUUUUAUAGCCUCUGUGUUUCGGUCGCCCACAUGGGGAUGGGCGACCAAUCCACCGGGGAUACGGCGCACUGGGGGGGAGGGGGGGGAGGGGAAUUGGGUGUGGCGCUUAAAUGCCCAUGGGGUUGGUGGGGCCCCAUUAAUAAAGUUUCAUUUAUUAAUCGACCCCGGGGGUAGUUUGGCUGAAGUAAACUGGUCCACCAUGACCGCCGCGGCGGCGGCGGCGGCGGCACCUCCUCCACUGACUGUGGAUCAGCCCCGCCCGCUCUUUUGGGCUCUCUCACUGGGCAUGGAAAAAGUACUGAUUUUGGGCCUUGCAGCCCACAAUGAUGGGCUGCGUCGAUUUUCUUGGAUAUCACAAUAUCACCAAAGAAGAGAGAGGUUGGGCUCCUUUUCUCCUGGGAUCUCUUCAUUUCCAUCCGCCAGAGAUUCUCACGAUCUCUCUUUCGAUUCCACUUGCGAGUGGGCGAAUGCCUCCCUCCUCUUCAUCUGCCAACACGUCUGUUGAUUAGUACCUAAUAUGUAAGCAUCGUCAUGAGCGGCAGGCUGUCCUUUCCCGAGAUCAUACGAUCAAUGGCUUUAGUUGCCAGGAAGCAUGCACUCUGAAUUGUUCAUCAUGCCUCAACUGCCGAGGAUGAUCGUAAGAUUUGUUCUUUUUAGGACUUUUUAUACGGAAUGCGGCACAUCUCGAGCUAGAUGGUGCUUGGGAUUCUUAUCUUUUCUCGUUUAUAUAUAUAUAUAUAUGCUCAGAAAGAAAGUGCAUGGCUGCUGCAGGAUGAGACCGGGGUCUACAAGAACCUGCUGCAAGAGAUUGCCCAGAGGGUUGGAGCGCCGCUGCCGUCGUACACCACCGUCAGGUCCGGACUCGGGCACCUGCCUGUGUUCACCGGCACGGUGGAGCUCGCGGGGAUUACUUUUACGGGUGAGCCGGCGAAGAACAAGAAGCAGGCCGAGAAGAACGCCGCCAUGGCAGCGUGGUAUUCCUUGAAGCAACGUGAGUUCUUCCUGCUCGUAUCGAUUUUUCUAUCUCUCGAUUAAAUGAGAAAAAAGGAAGCCGAAGCCGAAAUGUGUUCGACGAAAUUAAUCUUCUUCGCAGCUCCUGAUUACUCCUGAAUCCAUUAUCUUCAUACUUUUCUUUACGGGAAGCCCGCGUACAUUCCACCGUCGAUCGGUUCAGUCGCCGCUGACUUGCCUCUUCCUUCUCUUGCGCAGUGGUGCAGCAGGUGGGGAGCUCCUCGAGCGACCCAGAGAACAACAACGAAGAGCAGCAGCAGAUCACCGCCGCCAGGGCUCUGUUGAACUACCGCCUGAAGGAGAAGAUGGCGGCGGCGGGUGACCACCCGAACUCCCUAUCUUUCCCCAGGAAGUUCCCCAUCCACCCCGAGAAGAGGCCAUCCCUGCAACCGGGCCCUUCCACCGGGUCGAAGAUCUUGCCAUUGAUUCGGCCAAAGUCAACCCCAAGGACGAGGCCCCCCUCGCCGUCUCCUAGCCGAGCUCGUUCGCCUUCCCACCUGGCGCUGCCCAUGGAGAACUACGGCAUCCAGCUCCACAAGUUCCCGGCCGUCGGAGCGGCCCCUUACGUCCCCAUCCGCCACUGCAGGCACUUCCACGGCGGAGUUGCGCCGCCCGUCACGAUAAGGACGGCGGUGCCGGUCUUCUCCGCUCCGCCCCUGCCGCCGCCAAGCCACCAGCGCCCUCCGCCGGUCAUCUGCUCGCCUAGGCAUGUGGCCCCUCCCGUUCACAUAAGGCGGGUGGUGCCUGUUCUCGCUGCUGCUGCUCCCUCCCCAGCCCCUCCUCCCAUGCUGGUCCAGGUGAAGGAACCCCACCAUCCGCCGGUUUUCAUGGCUGCUCCGCCGCCGCCACCCCCGCCAGCCGCGGCCCCAACCGUGCUGACCCCGCCCAAGCCAGCUUCAGGUGUGGAGGAUGUCCGAUUCCCAUCGAAGCAAAUUCUCGAGAAAGAAAUGACGCUGGCCUCAGGGAAGAAGCCGCUGACUGCCGCAGAAGAGGAGGCGCCGGCGGGGAACCCUUCACGUCGGAGCUCCUCAACGACGCCGUCUGAGGUUCAAGCGGGGGAGACGACAGCGGAGGAUCCGCAAGAACGCUCGGUGAUACAGGGCAUGAGACAGAUCCAGAUCUGA